UACAACCAUCAUGGGUAAACUCAAAAGAAACAAAAAGAAUGCUCGUGCCAGACUCAAUCCUAUAGCUGGUCCAUCAACACAUGAUGCUAAGAAGGAUGAAUCAACUAUCCAAUCCAAGAUUGUUCCUUUGAUCAACAAAUUAAGCCUGACUGUAGCCAAUGAUAAAUCAAUGGCUCUUGGGGCUAUAACUGUUCUUGCUGAGGAUGAACGUAUGAGAAGAUUGUUACUUAAGGAGAAAUUAGUGCCUAUAUUGAUGGAAAAGUGCCUUACUGAUUCUAAUGACGAAAUUACUGUCGAAAGUUUUGGAUUAUUGAGAAACUUGUGUAUUGAACAAGGGUAUGAUGUUAUAGCUUAUAUCUGGAGAAGUAACAUCUGGACCACGAUUGAAGCUUCCUUGGAGAAAAUUAAUACCUCAUUCAAGUACUUAUGGGAAAAUCCUACUGAAAAGCAAGAUAAGUCAAAGGUUGAAUUAUUGAACGACUUCGCUGAUAACAUUCUCAGUUUGGUUAUGGUCUUGGCAAGUGGAUCAGAUGAGAUUUUUGAUCGUAUACUCGAGAAGCUUGAUCCAAUUAUUACUUUUGUUGUACAAUUGAUUCAAACUAGAACUAAAGAAGCAAUUACUCGUGGUAUUUCUGACAAAUUGUUCAACUCUACUUUAGAGUUUAUCUACGAAUUCUCAACUGAAUCAGCUGAGUUUAUAAUCAAAUUAAACAGCAUAGUUUCAAACUUAUUUGACUUUAUUUCAAAUGUGAAAACCGGAGACAACAAAUUAGCAUAUGUUUACCUAAAGGGUAUUGAAUACAAUGGAUGCGAAGUCUUGAAUAACAAUAAUAACCAACAGGUUGUCGCCAAACAAUUGGUUGAUUUGUAUGAAAAAGUAACCACCAUUGAUUUAAUGCAAUUGAAAACGCAGUUAGCAUCAAUCUCCAAUCCUCCAGAAGAUAUCCAAAAGGAUGUCGCUAAACUGGACUUGUCCGUAAUCAAGUCCACAUUAUCUUGCAUUGAAGUUACAUUAGAUAUCAUCACAUCCAUGUUGGAAUACCUUUCUGCUCCUUCAGACACCCUUGAACCUCUUCAAUUAUCAUCUGAUGUUCAAACCGUUUUACUUUCCAAUAUCUACCCACUCAUACGUGAAUUACUUCAAUUUGAAAUCAAUAACGAGGGUUGUUUGCAAUUAUUAGAAAAGAUUUUAGGUGCAUUGAAUAACUUAACCUGGUUAAUGGUAAGUAAUGAAACUUACCCAGUUGAAUGGUAUGAUAUCAGUAACGAAAUCUGGAAAAUCAUCCUCAACUUGUCAACUACCUCCUCACAAACAACCCAUGUUCAAGAUCUCUCUUUGAACAUUUUGUGGGGUUUAGUAAGAUCAUUGGGCCCACAAGUAUCACAAUUAAUCCCACAGGAUAUGAUUCAUUCCUUAAUAGCUCGUGUUAAGACUGAAAACGAAGAUGAAUUAAGAUUAUACUUGUCCAUUGUCGGGUUCUUGGGUAAUGUAGCUCCAAUCAUUGGCAACACCCAACUCACUAAAGAAAUUUCUACAUUUUUAAUGAACUCCAUCGAAUUAGGAUUGACCCAAUCGACAAACUUACAAAUGGUGGAAAUCAUAACUGAAUCAUUAAACUUGAUUUAUGAAAUCUUUGGUGAUUCAAGCUUUGAUUAUGAUUUGGAAAUAUAUGUUGGUGAAAAUUAUUCAAACAAGUUGGCACAAUAUGAACCGGAAAUUAAACUGGUUUAUAAGAAAUUGGACAAGCAUAAACACCCCCAAUUGAAGUUAAGAUUGGAAGAGACUUGGAUUAAUUUGACUAGAUUUAUCCAAUAUAAAAACAGCGAACGUGUAUAGUAGAAAGACUUUUUCAGAUAAAUGAUAUGUCUCUGUUGUAUCAUCCAAGUAAACCUUAAUUGGAAGGUGAUCUCUGUAGGCAAGAAAUUUGCAACCAAAUGCUCGGAAAUGUACUCUAAAGUUAAAGUUAUGCCUAGUAAAACUAGAAGAAGGAAGUAAACAAUCACAAUUUAAUUUGAUCUGUUCAAGCCUUGGUGUUUCUGGAGUAUGAUCUAUCUAUAUUUCUUGAACUUUCCAAUAC